GAUGCGCCAAAACAACAACACCUUUUCUCAGUUUUUAACGAAAAAAUCAAAAUGACCGACGUGGAAGUCAGUCUCCCUCAACCAGAACACCCAGGGGAAGUACCUGCUCCAAGCAAGAUAGUGGGUAUCCGACAUUAUCAAUAUUUACUAUUUGUACUCACGUUCGUCGUGUUUUUCGGGAUUUAUAGCUCCCUAUCAGUAGCUAUAGUACCUAUGACAGGUACCACUUCCACAGACGCUGACGCUCCCAAACACGUAGACUGGACUAACCCUGACACAGUACUAUCGGCGUUCUUUUGGGCGUACUUUAUUCCACACAGUACUGGCGCCAAGCUCACCCAACUAAUCGGUGCGAAAUGGCUUCUUUUGACAACAAUGUUCAUAGGAUCAGUUUUCAACAUCGUUAUUCCUGCAAUGUCAGACGUUUUUGGUUCAUCCGGUGUGAUAGCUUGUCGGGUAGCCCAAGGACUAUGUCAAGGAUUCCUCUACCCUUGUAUCAACAGUCUGGUGAAUGUGUGGACCCCUGCGUGUGAAAGAACCCGAGUUUUAAAUCUUAUCUAUGGAUGCGCUCCUUUAGGAACAGCGAUUUGUAUGCCCUUGGCCGGUUUAUUGGCUGGAAGUGAGACAGGGUGGCCUUUAGUAUUUUCCACGAUGGGUGGUGCUGGGAUAGUUUGGGCCAUCAUCUUUGCUUUCUUUUCUGAACACUCUCCUUCCACUCAUAGUCGGAUAUCAGAAGAAGAGAAACAAUACAUCGAGCAAAGUAGUAUCAGAGUUCCUGCUCAAAAUAUGACCCGAGCACCCCCGACACCAUGGGUCGCUAUUGUCAAAUCCGUACCAGUAUGGGCGAUUUUAAUGGCCGGUAGUGCUCAUUGUUGGGGUCAACACACCAUGCUUACACAAAUCCCAUCCUAUAUGCAUAACUUUAUGGAUUAUGACAUCACCAAAGACGGUGAAGUGUCGAGUUUACCCUACGUCGCCCAACUUGGUGUAAGUUUAAUCGCGAUACCAAUAACUGACAUCAUUAUUAGCAAAAAGAUAACUAGUACUACCACCAAAAGAAAAAUUUUUAACUCGUUGGGGUGCUUUAUACCGGCUGUGUUUCUGCUAGCCCUUGCUUUUAUCGAUCGAUCGGAACGAAUAUCAGCUGUGGCGCUUUUGGUUGUGGCGGUUGGUACUUCUGUUUUCGCGCAGUCUGGCUACGUGGUGAACGCCACAGAUCUGGCUCCUAACCAUGCUGCGGUGAUGCUGUCAUUGGUUAGUUCUUACACCACGAUUUAUUCGGUUUUGGGGCCACUGACUGUGGGUUUUCUUGGACGAGAUAAGGCUGAUCCUACUUUAUGGAGGGACGUUUUCCUUAUAAGUGCGUCUAUUUACACAGUUUGUGGAAUAUUUUACUGCGUUUUUGCUUCAACUGAAAAACAGCCGUGGAACGAAGUAGAUCCAGAAGAACUUGGAACAGCGGCCAAAAUUAAGCAGUUUUGCCAGAAGUUGUGGUCGCGUUGGAAAAGCCGAGUCAAGUCGUACUGGAAUAGUACCAAAAGAAGACUGGGUUGCUCCACUGGUUCAUACAACUUCGACAAUUCUUGGCUUUGCAAACCAAGGAAUUAUUUCGAGAACUCGUGUCUUUGCAAACGAAGAUAUUUUGGAUGUCCAAGCUUUUGCAGUUGCGGUACUUACAGCUUCGAAAAUUCGCUCAAAAAAAUUGGCUGCUCGUCGUUUUGUUCACCGUUAUGCAGCACAACGUGAUCGUUGUUAUGUUCGUAAUGAGUUAAUCUUGUUCAUCAUAUUUUACACAAGUACCUGUAUGAUAAAAGCAAAUACAAUAAAGUUUAAUGCAAAAA